AUGUUCUCCCGGCUCUUUGGAGGGGGCAACAAGGGCCCCACGGUGCCGCAGCCGGACAAAAACUCGGCGAGCGCGGCAACCAUCGACGCAAUGCAGGCGAGUGCCCUGCUUCAACGCUGCAUGGACGCGUACGACCUCCUGGCCCUAGGGGAGCGCGAGGAGCAGCUAGAGAAGAAGAAGCUACUCCUAGAGCGCAAGAUCAACGACGAGAUGGACAAGGCGCGCGAGUUCACCAAGCAGAAGAAGAAGAGCCAGGCGCUGAUGUGCCUCAAGAAGAAGAAGAUGUACGAGCAGCAGCUGGAGCGCCUCGACGCCUUGGUCAGCAGGCGGCUCGGGCGGCAGGCGCCGUUGCACAGGGCGCAAGCAGCGCUUGUGCUGUUGAAGAGGUCCGGCGACGCAUAA